CUCAGUCUCAUCUCAGUCUCAGUCUCAGUCUCAUCUCAGUUCCAUAAAAAUGGCUUCUUUAUCUUCUUCUUCUUCAGCAAUGAUUCGUCUCCUCUUUGUUAUCUCCUUGCUCCAGAUCUCCUUCGCAUCCAGGAUGCUGAAUGAGCUCGUUCAAGACCAGACCCAGAUGCUGAAAUACCACAAUGGCGCUCUUCUCUCUGGCAAAAUCAGCGUCAAUCUCAUUUGGUACGGCAAAUUCAAGCCUUCUCAGAAGGCCAUUGUCUCUGAUUUUGUGAACUCCCUCUCUUACUCUCGCCCCCAAGUCGGCGAGCCGUCGGUUUCCACAUGGUGGAAGUUAACGGAGAAGUAUUACGAGCUGUCUUCCAAGAAAUCGGCUCCCCUGUUUCUGGCUCUGGGCCGGCAAGUGGUGGAUGAAAGCUACUCUCUGGGGAAAUCGCUUACUACCAAGCAAAUCGUACAAUUGGCUUCUAAGGGUGAGCAAAAAGACGCGAUUAAUGUGGUUUUGACGGCUUCUGAUGUGGCUGUUGAUGGGUUCUGUAUGAGCCGCUGCGGCACUCAUGGGUCGGCCUCUGCCACUAAAUCCGGUGGGGUUAAGGGGAAGAAUUACAAAUUUGCUUACGUUUGGGUUGGAAAUUCUGAGAUCCAAUGCCCAGGCCAGUGCGCGUGGCCCUUCCACCAGCCGAUUUACGGGCCCCAGUCGCCGCCGCUGAUCGCGCCCAACGGCGAUGUGGGAAUGGACGGAAUGAUCAUCAAUCUCGCCAGUCUUUUGGCCGGAACCGCCACGAACCCCUUCGGAAACGGCUACUUCCAGGGGCCGGCGGAGGCUCCGUUGGAGGCCGCCUCGGCCUGCACCGGCGUCUACGGCAAAGGGGCUUACCCGGGCUACGCCGGCGACUUGCUGACGGACUCCACCACCGGCGGGAGCUACAAUGCCAACGGCGCUAAUGGAAGGAAAUUCUUGCUUCCGGCGAUGUACGAUCCUUCCACAUCGGCUUGUUCGACUUUGGUGUGAGAAUUUUUGUGGGGUUUGGGGUUAGAAUCUGGAUAGGAUCAUAGUGAGAGAGAUCGGAAAAUGAAAUUCGUUGAUUUCUUCAUUUGUUUUUCUUUAUGCACUGUUACGCGGAUAAAUAAUAGAAAGAGCAAAUUAUCUUUUGUUUGCUUUUAUGAAUGAAAUGGUGUUGUCCACAUGAUUUUGAUCAA